AUGGCUGAUUUAGAUGAGGUCGGUGGAGGGGCUGCUGGACAAGGGGUUAGAGGAGCCUUGCGCUGGACAGCCCACAUGUCAUCUUUAAUGUUAAAGAAAAUGGUUGAACUUAUAGCACAAGGCGUCAAGACUGACAAAGGUUUCAAGGAAGUCCACUUGAACCAAGUUGCUCGAACUUUGAGUGAUCACUACGGAAUUGAAAUUAGUGGAACCCAAGUAUACAACCAUCUUCGCAAAUGGCGUUCAAGGUGGGUACGUAUCUCUAGGCUGAAAGACCUUAGUGGGGCUCUAUGGGAUGAUCAAAACAACAUGAUUGUCCUAGAAGAGGAGCACUACAUGGGCCAUGCCAAGGAUCAUCCGAAGGAUGUGGAGUUCCUCAAUGUUCCCCUAGAGAACUAUGUUCAGAUGUCAAUUAUUUUUGGCAAUGGACAAGCAACAGGAAGAUUCGCUAUGGGCUCUAAUGAGCCUCUUGGUGCUCCUGCUGAUGGUGCUGACAGUGGACUUGGACAGCUCGAUGGGGAUGCAGAGGGGGUUAAUGAGGUUCCUGCUAGAGGUGGGAGUGUUGCUGGAGGCGACAACUCUAAUGCCCCUCAUUUUAAUGAUAAUGUUGGUGCGUCAUCCUCAUCUGGGAAGAGAAAAAGAACCCCCAUUAUUACCGAAGAAGAAGGAGCUCUUCUAACUAACAUGACAAGUGCUUUGCAUGAUGUGGCUUCGGCUAUUCGAUCCACUGCUCACACCGAAGUGCACCCUGAUCUGUACCAAGCAGUGAUGGAUCUUCCUGGUUUUAGUGAGGACCAGUUAGAUCUUGCUCUAGCUCAUCUUUGCGCUAACAAAUCUAGUAGCCUUAUAUAUAUUCAGAAAAAUGAGGAACGGCGUGCUCGUUGGGUUUCAAAGUUUCUAGCAGAUCAUCAUCCUGAUUGCAUCUAGUCAUUGCCUAGUUGAAAUGCAACGGUGGUAGUGGCUAGUGGGACAUCCGAAUAAGUUCACUUUUUUAUGUUGUAAGUGAACACCACGUUAUUUUGUGUUGGGUGCUACUAGAGACCAAAUAAGCUUUUUUACUUGUAAACACCAUUUAUUUUGUGUUGGGAUUGCACAUGAGUUCAUACUGGACACCAUAUGCUAUUUUGCUGGAUCGAAUAAAAUUGUUUUGGUUAACUAA